AUGGCUAAGAUUGUCCGGUCGCUCUUGCUCCUCACGCUCUUGGUCACGUCUUCAUUCUCAACCCUAACGGCACAACCCUGCUCAACCCACCAGUUCCCUAACCACAAAACAUUUGCAGCAUGCAAGGAUCUGCCUGUCCUAAACUCAACUAUAUACUGGAAUUAUUUCCCAUCAAACGGCACGGUAGACCUUGCGUUCAGAGCAACCCUACUUGGCGAUGCAGGUUGGGUGACAUGGGCGAUAAACCCUAAUUCCAAGGGUAUGGUUGGCUCGCAAGCUUUGGUCGCUUUUCAAAGAAUCGAUGGAAGCAUGGCUGCUUACACAUCCCCUAUAAAAAGUUACGGCACUCGCUUAGAGCAAGGGAACCUCACCUUUCCUAUCUACACCAUGUCCGCGGUUCAAGAAAACAAAGAAAUCACAAUCUUUGCCAGCCUAGGGCUCUCAAACAACGGUACAACUGUGAAUCAGUUAUGGCAGCAAGGACCUUUGCAUGGUAACACACCAGGUAUGCACUCGAUGUCAGGCCCUUACCUAAACUCAUAUGGGACCUUGGAUUUUCUUUCGGGCAAAGUCGAAGCAACCAGCACACAUCACUCUUUGAUGUCCCCCUUGAAAAUCUCCCAUGGGAUAAUAAACUCCGUGAGCUGGGGUAUAGUCAUACCAGUAGGAGUAAUUGUGGCUCGGAAUUUCAAAGGGUUUGGUCCAAUAUGGUUCAAAGCUCACAGAAGCAUCCAGAUCUUCGGUUCUCUUGGUGCAGGAGCUGGCAUUAUAAGCGGAUUCGUGCUUGGUUCCAUGUCUCCAGGGAUCGUAUACAAACAACACAAAUGUAUAGGCAUCACGUUGUUGGUUCUGAUCAUAGUCCAGUUGCUGGUUGCAUCAUUUCUCCGCCCAAAACCAGAUGGAAAAUAUAGGUGGUUGUGGAGCUUGUUCCACUAUGCCAUUGGUUACCCAUCAAUAAUCCUCGCCAAUGUAAACGUCUUCAUAGGGUUUGGUAUAUUGGAACCGCCAAAGUCGUGGUUGUAUGCCUACGUAGGGAUUUUCGCUGUGGUGGUGUUUAGUGGUUUAGCAGGGGCGGCGUUCACAUGCUGGAACAACAAGAGAACCCAGUCUGCAAAGAUACAACUCGAACAAAGGGCUGAUGGAACUGCUUGA